AUGGAAGGCGCAAGUCCAGGCUGCCUUGGAGUAGAGGUCGAGGUGGAAGAGCUGACCUCUGAAGCGAGUCUGAACUCAGAGGUGUCUCCAGCCUUGGCCACGGCUUCGGCCUCCGGCGACGAAGUCGCUGAUGGCACUUUGGAGGACUCGCUAGAGGAGUCCACGGACGACGGUCUCAAAGAUAGGCCAAGUCCUCGCCUGGCGCAGCCUGUACGAUGGUGUCGGGACGUGGACGCAUCUCCGCUUUGCGCCCUUGUCCAUGCCACUAUGACGGGGACCUCGCAGGGCCUCGAAGUUGCUGAGGCCAGGAUCAGGCCUGUCCUCGAGGAUGCCAUGUCCUGGGAGCCGACGGAGCUGCUCUCAGGAGCUGUGCAUCUCUGUUACUUCAUGCUCUUCGCCUCCUUCUACACACAGCUUCCGGGUCUCCACGGGCCACAGGGGAUCGACCCCUACCACCUUUCUGAAGGCCUCAAGGACACCUUCUUCCUCCGCCACGGAAGCCGAGGGCCUUACUGGGCCGCCGAGCUGGCCGCACUGCUUGGGAUGUGCGCAUCUGGAGCUGCGACUGCCAUUCCAGCCAUGAGAAGGGGUUGGCUGGGGCUUGGCCUUACCGGCACGGAGUGGGCACUUUGGAGAGACUUCCUAGUGUCCUCUCAGUCAUCGUUCCCGGUGGGCAUGACCUACUUGGCAAUGGAAGGCAGCAUGGGUGCAGCAGCCUACGCCUUGAAUGCCCCGAACUUGGCCUCCUGGUUCUGGCGCUGGUGCCUCUUUCGGGGACUUCUCUCAGGAGGUGUGCACAAGCUGCUCUUGUGCGAUGCGAGUUGGAACAACCUGUCCGCAGUGCACUGGCACUUCCAGGGCAAUCCGAAUCCCUCCGCCUUGUCUUGGUAUGCCUUUCAGUUGACAAGCACUUACCCGUUCCUGGGACAUAUGGCUACUGCUAGCACUCUGGCUAUUGAGCUGGUGGCGCCCUUUCUCUUCUUUUCGCCCAACAGGGGCUUGCGAAUGCUGGGCCUGGCCGGAAGCAGUUUGCUGCAGUUGGGAAUUCUUGCGAGUGGCAACUACGGCCCCUUGAACUUUUACUUCUUGGCCCUGGGUCUCUCCUUGCUGCAGUCUCGCCGCCAACUGACGAACGCUCCUCCGGGAGAGGAGGAAGCAGCUCCAUGCCAGGUCUGGCCAGCUGCUGCUGCCGGGCUCGGUUCUGCUUUGGCCAUCGGCGUUGCUACCCAUGUGCUGCCCGGGACCCCGACUCGCUGCCCCAGUGCCGGUCAUACGGUGUACGCCCACGUCAUCGCGCUUCUCUCCUCCGUCGCCGGGCUUCAGGGCCUGAUCUCGCUGACCUCCGGAUUGGAGUUCGAC